CAACACUAAAUCAGAGUAUGAAUAAGCAUGUUCUAUUGAAAAAAGGGUUUUUGUUUUUUUGAAUUUGUAUAUUCUUUCAGAUUGUGUUGCAGGUGCCCAUAGGAAAGACUAUCAUCUGGAAUCAGACGAUGUUGAAGAUACCCAUUGGAAAGACGAUGAUCUGCAAUCAGAUUGGGUAAUAGUCAAUACUUUUGACGAGCAGAAAAACGAAUGGAGCGACAUAGAAGAAGAUAGUAAAAUAAAGGAUCAUAUAUUGAAAUUUGGUUCGAAUGGUAUUGGAAAUGUACUAAAAGCAAACUUAGAUGAAUGGAAGAAAAAGUUCGUUAAUAUAGCCGUAACUGGAGCAUCAGGCAAAGGUAAAUCAAGUUUUAUCAACGCAUUAAUAAGAAUGGACCCGAAGGAUCCAAAUGCUGCAAAGGUUGGUUCUAAAGAAACGACCAAGAAUCCAACCAAAUAUCGACACCCAAAACAUGAUAACCUUGUUCUCUGGGAUGUUCCCGGAGCUGGUACACUAUCUUUUCCACGUGAAAAUUACCUCGAAAAAAUUAAUGCGAAUCAAUAUGACUUCUUUAUUAUCGUUGUCACAGAAAGAUUCACAGAGAUUGAUUUCUGGUUGAUGGACGAAGUACAAAAGCUAAAGAAGCGUUAUUACAUGGUCAGAACCAAAACUGAUAUCGAAAUGGCAAGCCGACAACAUGACAGAGCCGGGCCUUUUGAUGAAAACGAAGCUUUCGAAGAACUUAAGACGGAGCUUCGUAGUGAAAUAGGUAUGCCAAGGAACCAAGAUCCCAACUUCCAUUUUUUUAUGAUAUCUAACCGUGAUACACGUAAAUACGAUUUUGAAAAGUUGGAAUUGCAGCUCGUGAAGGAUGUUCCUCAGGAAAAGAAAUCUUUGAUGGUGUUUAGUUUGGCUGGCAUGUCAGAAAAAGUCAUCGAAGAAAAGGCAAAUGCACUCAGAUCUAGAACAUGGAAAAUAGCUCUAUUGGCCGGAGCCGGAGCAGCCAUACCCAUUCCAUUUUUAUCAACGGGUAUCGACGCUGCAGUAAUCCUUGAAGAAGUACUUUUUUACAGAAGUCAACUCGCUCUCGAUGACGACUCACUGGGAAAACUGGCAAAGACGGUUGGUGUCAGUUUGGAUACGUUAAAAAAUAACGUUGGCUUUCAUAUGAAUGAAGAUUUGUCAAUAAGUGGUAUUGGAGCGUUCCUCGCGAAACAUAUGUUCUCUGGGGCAGGCAACCAAAUUGCUAAAUACACUUUACCAGUGAUUGGUUCAGUGAUCAGCUGCUAUACCACAAUCAGUACGACACAGUUCGUUCUCGAAGAAAUCUUAGACACGAUGGAAUAUGAUGCUCGGAAUGUCCUAUAUUUUGUUAAGACAUUAAAUUGAUCAUUCAGUAUACGCAUAUUCUCAGUAACAUUCUAGUAGACAGUAUACAUCGUUUGUCCUCAGCCUGUGAAUCAUGUAAUGAAGUUGCGUAACACUAUUAACUAUACGGAACCUGGGGUUACAUUUCAUUAGGUUUCUGUUUACACUGUGACGUAUUUUAUGCAAUGUUAAAAUGACCGUAAUUUGUGGUUAAAGAAAUAUUAGUAUUUCCUUAUUACAUAUUUUUCUAACUUGUCGUUUGCAGAAGGAGCAAACGAUAGAAAGAAUUUCGUAGUGCGCUGUAGUGCUUAUGAUCGUAAGUCAUGGAACAGUUAAUCUCGAAAUGGUGAUGUUAUGCUCAGAAACGGGAAAGUUUUUUUUUAAAUUAUCUAUUUAAUUAAAACAAGCGCAAAUACUGAGCUGGUUUACACAUAAAUUCAACAAGAUGUCUAUUUCAUUAUUUGUGCAACUGCGACGACUACCAUGAAGAUAUCCUGCCAGAAAAGUAUUUAUUAAUCAACAAUCAUCUGCUAAGACAGAAAAUUCCUAAGUAUUACAUCUUAUUCUUAUAUAACUAUAUUAGACAUAAAUCAAGUGACUUACAAGAUAUAUUUGUACGAAGCGUGGUAUUGCCUACUAGACCGUAAAGCAUGUCAGAUAAAUGAUUUAUGUUAUCCUCAUGUCAGAAAGGAGUAUAAAUGUAUAAAAGUUUAUACAUGAAUUCACUUCCAUUGUUUUCUAAUACUGGUAUUUUUGGUGAGUUUAUAAGAAUUGCAUUUCCUUCGUGAUAUCGUUGCCAGUGCCAAAUUACAGAAAUUGAAUAAAAUUUAUCCAGUCUACACUGCAUAAUUCAAAAACUUCAGUGAGCAUGUAACGAAUUGUACCCAUGUUUAUUUACAGCAGAAUUGUAAAUUCAUCCGGGAUAAACUUUCAAGAAGCAUCGAGAGAGGCAAAAUCGAGUUUCAAAUAAUCAAGGUUAUGAUCCUAGACAAUGUGAAACAAGGGCAAUUAUUAAAUGAUAUUUGGGAAUGUCGAGAUAUUAUGCGCUGAAGAAAUCUAAAACAGUAUCGUUGUUUUCAAUAAACAAUAAUGUUCUGAACACAUUUUGAACUUCAUUUAAAUAUUUACCUAUAGAAAAUACUGAUACACUUACGUGUAAAAAUAACCUUAUUGAUCUUAUAUGAAGGAAUGCAAAUUUGUCCUCAAGAAUGAAAGAAAAUUUUUAUCUGACAGGAAUUAUUUAACGUGUGCCCGCAAGUGCUUAAUAAGUAAGUGCAAUACAGGCACUAACAGUAGUUCAUUCAUUUAUUGCAUAAUAUUUCAAAUAUUUUUGUACAAUUAUCAUAAAAACCAUCAUUUGCAUCUCGAUUUCUUUUUUCAUAACAUGUAUUAAAUCUAAUUAGUCUUUUGAUUUAAGACAUUAAUGAAAGUUAUGAUAAAAUUAAAUGCUCUCACAGACAAUUUACUCUGGAAUUGUCUAUAUCUUUAUUCGUUGCAAUAGGCUUUUUAAAUAUGUAUCAUUUUUUAAAUUUAUUUUAAAAAAUGUAUAAAGUUACGUAUUAGAUUUAUAAUACAUUUAUUUUCAAAGAACUGUUUGAUUAUCUUGUUCUCAACCUGUAAAUAUUGUUUAAGAAAAAGGCAAGAUUGAUGUCAUGUUCAUUCUGACAGAAUUUUCAGAACUUCAUCACAACUGGCUAUGUCUAGCCUAAUUAUGAUAAAAGUAACAGUCAGCUUGUUUCCUUGUCACUGAAAACUCAAAAUGGUUAGGUUUACAUAUAAUAUUAAAGUGUACGUACGUUUUUAUUAUUAUAUUAUUAUCAUUAUUUUUUUUUAAACAGUUUUUCGAUAUCUUUUAACAAGAACGAUAGAGACUAUUAUUCUUCUCAACAUAACACACUGUUGUACGUCAUCUGUUCAAACGGACAUUUUUAUAUAUAAAAAGAAUUAAUAGUAUAUAAAUGACGUCAUAAACAGUAAAAUGACGGCAUCAUUGUAAGUCAUUUUCACAAACUUUGAACCGCUAUUUUAUUUAAAUAAUGGUUCGACAUUGAAAAUAAAUUCUGUCAGUAUUAUGUGUCGUUGGGCGAGAUCUUGCCGCCUUAUCUAAACAAUAACGUAACUAGUUUUUUCAUAGUUCUUAGAAAUGACGUGUAAAUGUUUUUACCCUACUUACAGCCUUAUUGAACCAAAUUUAGCCUGUUGAUGUCUGUUCUACAAGGUCACGAAUUAAUCACCGUAUAGAGGUCCUAGAAACAUACUUAACAACACUUGAAGAUAUAUCAGAUCCAAAUUUCAUAUACAUAAACAUGUACAGCUACUUCGUAUAGUUUAAUGUAAACAUAAAAUACACAGUGUAUAUGUAAUAACAAUACCUUGCAAUAGGAUUCAAAUAGUGCGCACUGUGUACAUGCAUAUAUAAACACGCAAUGAAUACAUAUAGAUUUUACCACUAAACAUCUGGCUGUUUUGUUAACAAUCAACUACAUACUACAUAACAUUUAGAUUAGAGUGUAGUUCUAUAUGCAAACUGGAUUUAAAUAUAUAGUCAAGCUAUUCGAUUUUGUUAUUUGUUGAAAUUAAUAUCUUAAGAUAAAAUAUUCUUUUGAAAGAUGGCCAUUGGCAAUCUUUAAAUUUCUGUUUUGCUAAAAAAAUAACUUACGUCAUUAUUAUCAUUGUAGAAAUAAAAAGGCGAGGACAUUUCGUCAUAAGAUAUUCAUUGUUCUCAUAGUAUUCUCUUUUAUAUGGUAUACAGUACCAAUUAUUUCAGCUCAUCUUAAACAAUGAAGGAAAUAAAAAUAAAGUAUCUUUAUAUCUGC